AUGGCAGUUGGGUUGCACCCCUUCCUUUGCGUCCUUUGCGUCCACGGCUACCUAAUAACAGGGCGCAAGCACUCAAACGAUCCAACACUCUUUCCAAGAGCCUUGAGAAAAAAUCCUAUUAAGAAAGAGCAUUUCUUUGAUUUCAUGGGCAAAUUACUCAGCAAUGGUCAUGCAGAGAGAGCACCAGUUUUGAGGCCAACUGAAGAAUGUUGGUAUUUGCCUAUUUUCGGAGUGUACCAUCCCAGAAAACCUGGUCAGGUUCGAGUUGUGUUUGACUUCUCGGUAGUGUUUGAAGGUUUGUCGUUAAACUCGGUUCUUUUGCAAGGUUCUGACUUUGUAAAUAACUUGCAAGGGGUGUUGAUGCGUUUUAGAAAGGACAAAGUUGCUGUGAUUGGGGAUAUUGAGCAAAUGUUCUACUCUUUCAGUGUUCAUGAGAUAGACAGAAAUCUUCUGCGGUUUCUAUGGUACAAAGAUAACAACCCUUUAAACCCCUUAGUUGUGUAUCGCAUGUGUAAGCAUGUUUUUGGAAAUAGUCCUUCAUCUGCAAUAGCGACAUACGGUCUCCGCAAGUCAGUGGAGAAAUCUGAUCAAGAUGUUCAAAGCUUUGUGUCUCAGGAUUUCUACGUUGAUGAUGGUCUGACGUCAAAGUCCACAGUAGAGGGCGCUGUAGAUUUACUCUUGAGAACUCAGUCAGAUUUGAGCAAAAGUAGGUUACGCCUUCACAAGAUUGCUUCCAAUGUUCCUGAAGUCAUGAAAAGUUUUCCACCAGAAGAUUUGUCAAAAGACUUGAAAGAUUUAGAUCUUGACCGGGAAGAUUUGCCUAGUCAGCGUAGUUUAGGUAUUGUCUGGAACAUCAGUUUAGAUAAAUUUGUUUUCAAAGCUGAUCUGUUGGUUCAACCCGUCACAAAGAGAGGUAUAUUGUCCACAAUUAAUAGCAUUUUUGACCCUCUAGGUUUCCUGGCCCCUGUUGUACUUGAUGGAAGGUUAAUUCUUAGAGAGUUGAUGUCUAGUAAGGUAGAUUGGGAUGACUGUGUGCCAGAGGAUAUUGCAGUGAAAUGGGAAAGAUGGAGACAAAGACUUCAUGAUUUGGAGAUCCUCAACAUCUCGAGGAGUUAUUUCGAUGCUUCACUUAGCCAGAUGGAUAGGGUAGAAUUGCAUCUAUUUUCAGAUGCAUCUGUUAAUGGCAUUUCUGCUGUUGUGUACGUGCAAGGGUACACUACAAAGGGAGACAAAGUUGUUCUUGGCUACAUUUGUAACCGGUCUAAGAGGUUCUAUACUUAUGUUAGCAACAGGGUCCAGAAUAUCAUUAAUGUAAGCAAACCUGAGCAAUGGAACUUUGUUCCAUCUGAGAAGAACCCAGCUGACAUUGGAAGUAGAAGAGCAAGUGUCACACAAUUGAGUGAAAGUUCUUGGUUAACUGGUCCUCAGUUUUUGUUGCAUGAGACUGUUUCAAACUUGGAGCACUUUCCUCUUGUGAGCCCUGAGCAAGACCAAGAAGUGCGCAAAGAGGUCUUAGUAAGAGCGACUAAUGUCGUAGAUCAGAAAUCUAGCAGUAGCAUGUUUCAACGGUUCUCGACUUGGCAAAGUUUGAUCCGUGCAGUGUCAAAUCUUAGGCAUAUAUCAGUAUCUUAUCACAAGAACUUGCCAUGUAAAGGUUGGCAUAUCUGUUCAGACUCAAAAGAUGUGGCUUGUCAACAAGGGGCAAGGUUUUGGGUUCUGCAAACUGUUCAGCGUGAGGUGUUUGCUAAGGAGGUAAAGCUUCUUUCAGAGAACCAGAGGCUCAAUAAAGACAGUAGUCUUCUGUCUCUUGACCCAGUAUUGCAUAGUGGUGGUAUGUUACAUGUUGGGGGGCGUCUUGGCAGGAGUGAACUGCCUACAGCAGAGAAACAUCCCAUUAUCUUACCUCGGAAGCAUCAAGUGUCACUUCUGUUGGUACGACAUUACCAUAUCUCUGUUUUUCAUCAGGGUAGACUCUUUACUGAGGGGGCUUUGAGAUCUGCUGGAUUUUGGGUUGUUGGAGCUAAACGUUUAGUAGCCAGUGUUAUUCACAACUGUGUGAUUGCAAAAAGCUUAGAGGUCAUUUUGCCACUCAGAUAA